AUCAGGAGGGAAAAAAGGAGGAGAAGGAGACCGAGGAAAGGCAGACCUCAGACCAGCCCGCCUUACCUCACUCCCCCCUGUCCGCGAGCCCGGUGUUCACGGGCAAAUCUGACCGCAGAUCAGCGCACUCGCGCUCCCUCCACACUACGAGUUACACCAACUGGGACUGAGACCAGAGGAAAUCGUGUUCGUCGGUAGCCAAGGUACGCACGCCAAGACUCAUCCACAGCAGACCGAGGCGAGGGAACGGACAAGAAGGGAGAGAAUUCAAGGGGAAAGCUGGUAGGAACCACAGAGGAGUUCACUGCAAAAGAAAAAACCCCACACGUUUAGGGGCGAGAGGAGAGGGUGACUGGCUGGCCCCGCAGAAGGAGUAGUAUUACUCGAAGCUAAUUUCCAACAUUUUCUAUUCUUGGCAGCGAGAGUGUGCUCUCCGAGCCACAUUUAUAAAGAGAGCUAGCGGAAUGUAAUGCUAGCAGGCUAGCCGAUGUUAGCUAGCUAAUUAGCUUGUCAGGCAUCCGAGAGUCGGACGUGUGAUCUUUAUUAAAAUAGGACACUGUCGUCGUUUUUCUUUUUUCAGGGGGGAAAAAGAGAGGGACAACUGUACUUAAUGUCCUUUUUGCUUGAUUCUGCCAUGGUUUUAAAGGUUUGUCUCGCAUAGCUAAGGCUAAGUUAGACAAUAAACAGUGUAAGCUUGUGUAUAUUGAUGAAAAUCCGUUCAAUAUUAUCCGUCUGGGAAAAGCCAAAUCCAUUGUGAAUAUCGAGCCGUUGACAAACCCAAAGGAGAAGGCAAAGGUAACAAAAGAAAAGAAAAAGCCAAAGAGACUUUUGACUGGUGACUGUCUCCCGUCCAAUGUUAAUGUCGACCGACGUUGCAUCUAUUAUGCUACCCGUUAGUCGGGGAAUAAUGGACCGGGAAAGGGACAUUGAUACAGCAGCCGGACCCCAUGCAAACGCGGCCGGGGGUCCAGCCGUGGUCCGAGGGAUGAAGAGAGGCGAUCCGGAGCCCGACGCUCAGACUGCCGCUGCCCUCACUGACUUGUCCGGGGCGGAGUGCAAAAGACCAAGGAUAGACGGGACCGGGAGUGUUGUUGGUGACAUUGGCCAGAACAAUGAGCCUUUAAAUCCCGGUUUCCAUGGAUACCAACCUCACAGUCAGGGCUCUCAGGAUUCGACAGGAGGACAGGAGGGUUUGGUGGCCCCACCCUUUACAGCAUUCCCUCCUCCACCCCCUCCUCAAAACGGUCUACCGGGAACAGAGUUUGGCCCUGGGGCCAUGUUUGGUGCUGGAGGCCAAGGUACAGCAGAGGUAGGGGCUGGUGCAAAUGGAGCCCCCACCUCCACCAACAACAACAGCAGCAAUGUAAAGACAGAGGAGACGUCUCAGGGUGAGGCGGGUGUACAGUGCGGCGCAGGAGGCACAGGAGCGGGAGGCUCAGCAGGAGACUCGACAGAGGCCAAAGGGACCCCCAAACGCCUCCAUGUCUCAAACAUCCCCUUCCGCUUCCGGGACCCAGACCUCAGGCAGAUGUUCGGGCAAUUUGGGAAGAUCCUGGAUGUUGAGAUUAUUUUCAAUGAGAGGGGUUCAAAGGGUUUUGGCUUUGUGACAUUUGAGAACAGCGCAGACGCAGAGAAAGCCAGGGAAAAGCUCCACGGCACACUGGUGGAAGGUCGUAAGAUUGAGGUGAAUAACGCCACCGCCAGAGUGAUGACUAACAAGAAGAUGGUCAGCCCUUAUCCUAAUGGAGAAGCUCUCAGCACACUACCCUAUGCAGGGUGGAAGUUGAGUCCAGUGGUGGGAGCUAUGUAUGGACCAGAGAUCUACGCAGUUCCAGGGUUUCCCUACCCUACAGCAGCAGCAGCAGCCACAACAGCGGCGGCGGCAUUUCGCGGUGCCCACCUCCGGGGCCGAGGCCGGCCCGUCUACAGUGCUGUGCGGGCCGCUGUGCCGCAGCCCGCCAUCCCUGCCUAUCCUGGCGUGGUGUAUCAGGAUGGGUUUUACGGAGCCGCAGACUUAUAUGGAGGCUACCCGGCUGCUGCCGCCGCCGCCGCCGCCUAUCGCUACGCCCAGCCUGCGGCUGUAACCGGGGCAACCGCUGCAGCUGCUGCCUACAGUGACAGUUAUGGCCGGGUGUACACUACAGAUCCAUACCACGCUUUAGCUCCGGCGGCUGCUGCUUACGGCGUGGGAGCCAUGGCCAGUUUAUACCGGGCGGGAUACAGUAGGUUUGCUCCUUACUAAAACCACAAAUCACAUCCAAGGAAUUUCACUUUGGUCCAAAACCCUUUUUCAGGCUCUUUGCUUGGCAGGAGCUCCCCUCCAUUUUUUUUCUGCAGGCAGAUUAUAGCAACAACCCCUUUUAUUAUUUUCUUUUCCUUUUUUUUUGUCUUGUGGCGAGAGAAGUCAUUGCCACAUCAUCAACUCAAACUCAGUUCCUGUACUUUUGUGUCCAUCACUGACAUGGAAACGAUGACAAAAACCCCCAAAACAACAAAACUGCCAGGAGUGUAUCCCGUGUAUAAAGAGCUGGAGCUGGAGCAACAGGACACAGUUUGGGAUGCUUUUUUUGUUUGUUUUGUUUUUGUUUUUUUAAGAAAAAACACUACAGGAUGUGGAAGGAGACAGACUGCUGUUGUUCCUAUGAGAUCCUGCACACUACAAAAUCAUUUUUAAUUUUUUUUGUCCCUAAAAAUAUCCGAACUUCCAGUUUAUCCACUGCCCUGUCAGACCUAACCACACACACACUCUUACAUUUAACACCAAGUAUAGAUUCCUCUACACUUUCCUUUAGUGUCAGACUUCACUAAAUGAUACUAGAAAAAGGUACUUCUGUUUUUAAACACUACAUUGAUAUAGAGCUGCUCCCCCCUACAUCCUUCUGAUGUUAGCAUCGUGUAAUACUGAAAAAAAGAGUCAAAUGCAGAGGAUGUAGGAGCUAUUCUUGUUUUUGCCACGCUGGAACAUUCAACUUUCAGCUGGAGGAAACUUCUGACAGAAACCACUUUUUUGUUCUCUUAAUAACUUCGAACUUAUGUCUUUUUUUUGGGGGGGGGGGGGUCAUUUUUGUAACGUUUAAAACGUCCCGGCCAAAUGUAAAAGGAAACACAAAGAAACUGUUUAAAAAAGACAAGGAAAAAAAGUCAAUCUUUUUUUUUCUGCAGCACCUCGUUUGUUUUGCCUGCCACAGACGUGUCAUCAUGGGGGAAAAAACAAACAAAAAACACCACGUGGCUCAGUGAGUUUCAGUUUGUUUGUCCUUAAUGCUCGCCUGCACAUACUCCAGUCAUUACUGCAAGUGCGACUCAUGACCGUCUUUUUAAAGGCCUCGUCCUCAAGUCUGCUUCUUCCAAAAGGAGAAAUAAAGGACUCGUUUCUAUCUCCUAAACCGUCAGACGUUCCUGCCGAUCACAUCGAAAAGAUCCACAGGACACGAGUGAAACUAGCUUCAGCACCCGCGCACCACCCGCGUUGGGAAACUAAUAACCUGUCAGUCGAACGGACGCCGAUCCCUCCUGACCAUCGUUCGGGAAAUGGUGUCUGAUCUCGACUCAGCAGAACAGAGAGAGUGCAGGGAAGCACAGAGACGGGAUUCAUUAUCGGUUUUGUCUCUAUUUAUAUGCAGUGUUUUCACUAGGUUUCCACAUCAUUAUGUAACUCUUAAGUCCCUCAUCAUGCUCUCUGGGAUGGUUCACUCUGAAUAGUUUCAAAGCUUUCCUGGUGCACCUGAAGGCACAGCAGGACCUGUAUGUGUUGCAUCUGCAUUUACUCUCACGUGGUUGUUGUCGUUAUUGCUAUUAUUUGCCUUUUUUUCGGUUCCAAAGAUUUUCAGAGGAAAGCACAUUUCUUUUUUUUGUGUGUCCUUGUGUAUUUUGUUUUUAUUUUUUGUGUUUUUCUGCCUUUACUUUAGCCUUUAGCUGUAUUUUUAUGUUUUUUUAAAUGUGUGGGUUGAAGCUGUACAGCGUUGUAGCAGCACCCCUGGGAAAUGUCAUAAAAGCAAUGUCUGCAAGACAGGGAAUACACCUUUAAUCCAACCUGCAGAAUAUAAUGACGCUGCUGGGUUUAAUUUGGUCUUAAGUGUCAUUUAUUAGCUUUUUUUUUUUUGCACUAACACAUGAGCACACGGUGCAGAUGCAGAGGUGUUUGCUGCAGACAAGGGAAAUCAGAGCAGAUGGAGUCAUGAGGGAUGCACAGAGAGGCAGGUAGACCGAGAGGAUAUUUCAAAGUGCAUUUUCCUGCAGGGCCAAAUUACAAAGUAAAUUAGGAGGGGAGGGUGGGGUGGGCGGCACGAUGUCAAAAGGGGUCCAGAGACCCAGCAGUGUCCACCUUUUUUUUUUUUUUUUUUUUUCCCCAACAAUGAAACAAUGUGUGGGCGGUCAGUGAAGGGACUUUGUGGCAGUGAUGGUGAAGGUGAGAAGCUGAGCCAUUAAUCAUCAGCUGACAGAAUCACAGCGUCCCCCACUGUCUCUCCCUCUCACUCUGUUCCUUUCUUUGGGGGAAGGGGGGGUGGUGGUACAGUGCAAGGACAGGGUGGGUGGGGGGGUUAUUUUGUUUUUGUAUGAUUGUGAAACUGUGUGCAGUGGGUCCAAUGAGUAUUUUUGAUGAGCAUUACCUCCUUGUUUUUCUUAUUAUUCCUUACAAGUAUUACCACAAGUGUUGCUAUGCAUGCAUGCUUUUUGCAAGAGAGGAAGGGUGUCGAGGCUUUCUUUUCUUUUUUUUGUGCAUGAACUCAAAUCGCAGUGCUGGAGGAGGAAGACGAGGUGGAGCGUGGCGCGUUUACACAGCGGGGGGAGUAAGAAAGAGAGAGAAACCUGGAAUGAUGUGUGAUGCGGGGUGACAGGAGUGACGGCUGCUCUCGGUUCAGGCUCUGCACAGUGUCUGGAUUGUGGGGGAGGGUGGGGGGGUCAAUCCAGUCCACUUCAGUAAAUCUGGGUUAUCUAUGCUCUCUGCUGUGUGGUCCUCGUGGUAAUCACCUGUCUGUCCCCCCCCGGUGGUUUUUUUUUUUAAAAGAUUAAAACCCUUAAAAUGUUAAGAAUAACAGCAUUAGUCCACCCCGGUGAAAAGCUUCUGCACAGAGCCGUGUUAGUGUUAUUAUUAUGAACCUGCCCACAGAGAUGCUCAUUUAGAAAGCUCUCCGCCUCGCUCAUCCAGCUGGCAACAAGCUGCAGUCACGGCGCCGUUGUUGAACAGCGACCGCGGCGCAGCUGCUUUCGCUCGCUCUUUUUUUUUUGUUGGUUUGUUUGUUUGUUGUUGUUGUUUUGGUUUUUUGCCUCCUCUAAUUGGGAGUUAAUCUUAUUUUGAAAAGCUGCGAAGUAACCGCACAGGUGCGCUCGAGGGACACGGACUGAAAAAAAAAGUCAUCCUCAGCUGCUGGCUGCCGAUGCCCCCCUACCCCACACCCCACACCCCGACUCCCUGCACUGCACUCAAGAAGUCAACCCAGUGGGAGUUUUUGUACAGCAGUUUAAUAAAUGGGUUUAAAUUGCAUGUGAAGUUUUUUCCCUUUCCUCCUCCCCGUCACAUGCUCUCAAAGGCUCAUUUAUCCAAGUGAUUUUUUUUAAAAAUUAAGUAAGUGACAUGUAUUUUCUCACAAUGUUUUAUUUUGCCAUUCUUGUGUCUGCCUUCUGUUUAUUCUCUUCAUUAUUAUUGAAUGUAUAUAAUAAUAAACUGUUUGGUUUUUA